AUGGCAAACGAUUUAUCUACCGCUGGUUUUCUUUCUGUUCUGAGAAGGUUCAUCGGCCACCGUGGAAUCCCAUCUGAAAUACAUUCGGAUAACGCCACAAAUUUUUCUGGCGCACGCCAUGAGCUCAAAUCACUACAUGACCUACUGAACAACCAGAUUAGCUAUACUACCAUCAACAAAGAGCUUUCACAGCAAGGGAUUACUUGGAAGUUUAUUCCUCCACGGGCUCCCAACUUUGGAGGCUUAUGGGAAGCCGCAGUGCGUUCCGUGAAAACCGCACUGAAGAAAGAAAUCGGCCUGCAACAGUUAACCCAUAACGACUUCACCACGCUAUUAGUUCAGAUCACUGCCGCUCUGAACUCAAGACCCUUAUCUCCUUUAUCAGACGACCCUACUGAAUUUGAGGCGCUUACACCUGCACAUUUCUUGAUAGGGUCGGCUAUGAAAGCCCUACCUGAACCCAAUCUAACGAAAAUCCCCACAAACCGUCUUGACCACUACCAGCAAACCCAGCAAAUGAUGCAACGCUUUUUGGCAACGAUGGAGCAGACAGUACCUCACGCAGCUGCAGAUGACAACAAAGUACCUGCCGAACAACCCCAUCAAGAUCGGUAA